AACCGUUUAAGUAAGGAGGGUGAAACUUCGAAAUUUGGUACUUUUAUUAUCUAAUCUAGAUCUCUAAUGAUUGAAAUCGCAUCGCGCCUGGACCGAGAGAAUAAAACCUGGUGCUCAAUACAUACAUGUCAGUCUGCUGACUGAUUAAAAAAAAAUUUCAAAAGUUUUCUGAUACGAUCAUCAAUAGUUACCGAGGCAUUCUACAGUUUGAAAGCAAGACAGAAACAUCAACGUAGUCUCAAUUCUCGUUAUUCCAAGUUGUCAGCUUGACCUUCAAUACAAUGAAACGUACAAAAUCGAAGCAAUAUCUCUGUGUGCAUUGCAACAGACGGUUUUCGACCAUGAUGAAUCUCAAUUUGCACUUGACAAGGUACAGGACAUCAUACACGUGUACUCUGUGUAACAAGUCGAUGUCUGUACUGGACAGUUUGAGAGUUCAUUUACGGUGCCACUUCCAAAAGGGGAACUUAUGCACUUUAUGUAAUAAGUCUUUCAUAAAAAUCUCUUUACUCAAGGUUCAUUUGUUACGACACGUUCUGGCAGAGAGUUGCCCCUACACAUGUCGUGUAUGCAACAAGAUCUUCCUCCUGGAAAGGACAUUCAGAUGUCACCAGUUGGCGCAUCUCCAGAAGAAGUUCUACCAGUGUGAUUCGUGUGGUAAGAAGUUUUACACCAAGUUUACAUUUCAAAGGCACAGACUGGCCGAUUGCCAACUCACUCACUGCAGUAUUUGUGAUGAAGAUUUUUGUUCAAAUUUUGCUUUCAGGAAACACACACUUAAAAAACACAUACCAAAAGAAACCCACAAAUGUACUGAUUGCGAAAAAAUCUUCACAAGUGUUCAUGGCCUGCUGCGUCACCGAAGCAUGUACUGCCACAAAACGCUCUACACGUGCCUUGACUGCAACAAGAAUUUUAAAACAUCCAGCCACAUAAAGAGGCACAUGAAUUCGCAUAUCAAGCUAAUAGGAAAAUCCAUUCAGCCUUUUAGAUGUGAAUUAUGUUUGAAAAUAUUUAGAUCUCGUGGUGGAUUGCACAAGCAUCUAGUUCGUCAUAUCAGAUAUAAGGAUGAUCUGAAAGCAUCCACCCAAUCAAAAAAGUUGAAGGACAUACUCAACAUACAAAGUGACGCUCACGUUUAUGGAUAUCCGCCCAAGAAAAGCAAAUUGUAUGGUGUUUCUAGACAGUUGAAGGAUUAUAGAGAGAUUCCGAAAGAACGGCACAUUUGUUCGGGUUGUCGAAGAUCAUUCGCAAGUUAUAGAAAGCUGGACUGCCAUCAACGCCUGCACUGCCACAAAAGGUACAUGUACAUGUGCCUCGACUGUAACAGGAAUUUUAAAACAUUUUAUCACAUGGAGUUACACAUGAAAACGCAUAUAUUGAAGAAAGUGAGUCACUGCAGCUCUAAGAAAACUCCAAGAGCAUCCGAACAAUCAAAUCAACCGAUAGACCCAUUCAAUAAGCUAAAGGAUUUCAACACGUACUUGCAUCCGACUAAGACAAACUAUCACUAUGGCACUUCUACGCCAUUGAUUGAUUCUUCCGGCGUUCCAAUAAAAACUCAGCUUUUUCCAUAUGACCGAAAAUCAUGGACAAGUCAUGGGACAAGUCAUGGGACAAGUCAUGGGACAAGUCAUGGGACAAGUCAUGGGACAAGUCAUGGGACAAGUCAUGGGACAAGUCAUGGGACAAGUCAUGGGACAAGUCAUGGGACAAGUCAUGGGACAAGUCAUGGGACAAGUCAUGGGACAAGUCAUGGGACAAGUCAUGGGACAAGUCAUGGGACAAGUCAUGGGACAAGUCAUGGGACAAGUCAUGGGACAAGUCAUGGGACAAGUCAUGGGACAAGUCAUGGGACAAGUCAUGGGACAAGUCAUGGGACAAGUCAUGGGACAAGUCAUGGGACAAGUCAUGGGACAAGUCAUGGGACAAGUCAUGGGACAAGUCAUGGGACAAGUCAUGGGACAAGUCAUGGGACAAGUCAUGGGACAAGUCAUGGGACAAGUCAUGGGACAAGUCAUGGGACAAGUCAUGGGACAAGUCAUGGGACAAGUCAUGCUGUCGUGCAUUAUUACAAACAGUGGUGGGACAAAACGAAAAACCCGUAGUGCUCACUUUGCAGCAAGAAAUUCAAAUGUCUUUCUGAUAUGAAGAAACAUUUCAAUUCACAUAUCAAGUCGUCAGAAUGGCUUAGCAAAUAUUAUGAUUCCCUGAGAGCAUCCAACCAAUCAAACCAAUCGAUGCAAAGUAAUCCCCACGUGUACGGUUAUCCGCGUGGGGAAAGAGUCAGCCUGUUUCGAGGUUCUCGAUUCCACGGGGAUAAACAGUUUAUGAAUAUGGACGACACGCGCGUAUCCUCUCAAGAUGAUCACAAAGCAAAUAGCUCUUCCUUCGGCCAGCUUCAUUCUAGUAAAAACUGUGCCCGGAAUUUCAUUACCGAGUCGGAAGUAAAGAAACACACUAAUCUCACUCUACUUCACUCUGCACACAUCUUUAAGAGCACAUUCCAGUGUGGCAUCUGCAAGAAACUUUUUGACACUAAUCUUGGGCUGAAAAAUCACGAAGUGCAAAGUCAUGACAUUUGCCCCAUUUGUAAUCUCAAGUUUCCUAACAGGUUUUUGCUUUUCAGCCACCUUGACACACAUUCUGAGUUUACAAGAACUAAUCAGAAGCCACCGGAGGAAGCCAUGUUUUCCCAGAUGCACAAAAACACCAUGGCCAAUCGUGUGAUGCCUAAUGUUUCUCCCUAUAGCUCUGGCGGAGUCCACGCCAUGCUGCCGCCACGCUUUACGGAGAACACCUCUGCAAAACAUGUGUCACAAUAUAGUCUGUAUAACGCCUUUGGAAAUAUCAACCUUCCGGUGAUUUCCAAUACGUGCGAUCCUGUCCUAACAUAUAACUAUUACAAUCGUGUUGUUGGAAGCAGAGAGAUGUUCUCAAAUCAGAAUAGACUGCCUGAAUUCUAGAUUCUAUUCUCGAAAAUCCAAUGGAAGAAGAUGA